UGUACGUAAGAUGUGGGAAGAAGGUUUUCAGUGCAAUUGCAAUUUUUAGGCUCUUCAUUCGCUUUAGGAAUGAAAACAAGCCGCUAAACUGUAACGUGACUGCAAUGUCGCGUUCAAAGUUGAGAGCGCUCGAGCUCGACAGUCUAGCGUAGUUUAGCAUAAUGGAUUCAUACGACUUAUUCGGAGAAGAUGUGGGAGGGAGCAUGUUGGACAGCCUUCCUGACCUGGGAUCUGACAACUUUGAGCCCCCGUCACAGCAAAGGGACAACCCCGCAAACAGUACGGCACAGUACCCGCAUCAGCCGUACCAGAUGCACCAGCCGGAGAUGCAUCAAGAGAGCCCGUUACAGAAGCUGGCAUCGUUCGGCGGAGACUUCACUUCGGACCCCUCUAUGUUCCAUCAGAACCACAGAGGAUACGACAGCACACCGAGAGCGAUGGUCCCGACCAACACGAGCAGCAGCUACGGCAGAGCCAUGCUGCCUCAGCAACAUGACAUGAGAAGAACAUCAGCACCCACGGGUCCUACGGGAGGCCAGUAUGCACCUUAUGGGGCUCCCACAGACAACAUAUACAGCAUGGACCAGAGUCAAGGGAUGACUGACAACUCAGGACUACAAGGCUGGAACAGUGGUCACGCCUAUCCUGGGCCCGGCCCGAUGAGGCACUACGGACAAAUGGCACCACCCAAUGCUUACAGGCAACAACACAUGUAUCAACAAGAAAACCCGCUCAGUCAACAGAAAAUGGGACCUCAGUUCGGUGGUAGCCAACAAGCUAUGAUGAACCCCAUGAUGAGCUCUCAUCAGGGAAUGGCGGCAAAUAACAAUUACCAAAGGCAACAACCUUGUUAUCCGCAACAGCAGAAUAUGGUAUAUCCGGGCAAUACGGGAUAUCCCGGUUACAAUGUACAUCAACAGACCCCGAGAAUGCCUCCUCAUCAUUUACAAUAUCCCAACCAAGUGGACAUGGCUAGUAAUCAAGCUGGUGCUCCGUACAAUCAUAUGCAAGGGAUGCCGGGCCAGAUGAGUCACCCCGGGUUCCCACAGCAACAAAUGACAAGACCGAUCGGAAUUGAAGUCAGCGGAUCCAACCAAUAUCCCCAGGGUCCUCCUGGGCUGGGUCCUACCCCUCAGAAGGCAGCUCCUGCUCCGACGGCUCCUCAGAAUCUGAACCAGGGCAGUCCUCAGCCUCAAUACAGGCCUCCUCCUGCAGCCCCGGCGCCGUACCCUCAACUGUCACCUCAGAUGUCUCCACGACCACAGAUGUCUCCCAGACCUCAGAUGUCCCCCAGGCCUGUCAUGUCCCCAGCCAAACCCACCACUCUCUCUCCACACCCUCACUCUCAACAGACUACACUGUCACCUAGGCCUGCGACAGCUUUGACUCCAAAAACAAACACCACACCUGCCUCGUCCUACCCCCAACAAAGCACACUUCAGCAGUUAGAACAAAUGGUGAUGCCGCCAGUCAGUGGGACUUCUACUGACUAUCCUCCUUACAGGGGACCGCAAGCCACACCACCCCAUUGGCCUCCUCAACCACAACGACCACCCAUCAACGGGGGCAUGGGACUGAUGGAGCAGAACAUGCCACCGUACAUGCCGGCAGAGGAGUCCCGAGCGAUGGAUCCUCCCAAGUCAUUACCCAUGUCAGUGCCACAGAGCAACAUGAAUGUUGUAAUGCCUGAUAUGAAUAUGCAAAAUCAACCACCACCAAGUAAUGAAUCUAAUGUCGGCAACACUGAGUUUACAAACCAACAACAACAACCACUGACUCAACAACCCAGCAAUGUUCCUCCUCCUUCCCCACAAACACAACCUCUCACUCCCAGCCAGAUACAACCCCUUCCACCUACUCAUGUGCAGGAGAAGUUUUCUUCACCACCCCAUGUUCCUCAAGUGCCGUUGUCCAGUGAUGUUCAACAAACGUUGGCUCCUACCAUGGACAUGAACAAGUCGCCGAUAAUACCGCAGAAUCAGGCUUCUAAUUCGACUCUAGAUCCUGUCACUGGAAAUAUGGUUCAUCCCCCGCCAACUAACUUCAACAUGCAGUAUGGGGGUAAGCCAGACGACAUGAUGGGCCAAGAACAACCUGGGAUGAUGCCUGACAUCGGACCACCACAAGAACAGAGGCCCCCGAUGUAUCAGUCACCCAUCAGUCAUCAACAGGAAAUGGCUGCAUUGAACCAGCAGUUGCAAGAGACCUACUGUAUGCCUCCAACUCCUGAAGUUCAGAUGAGGAUAACCCACCUUCAGGAGAGGAUCAAUAUGUUGCAACAGCAUGAAGCUAAUGACCAUUGUAUGGGCGGACCAAUGUGUUUGCUUCAAAGUCCAAUAUAUAAUGCGGGCCCUUUGGAUGCAUAUCUUCAUAUGCCGAGCGGAGGAAGAGGAAAAGGAAGAGGUAAAGGUUCAGGGACUCCUCGAGCUAGGAAGAGUCGGAAGAAGAACAAUGACCAACCCCCAGAGAUAUACCCACCUCAGCUACAAGAUAAUGUAAACAUGGGCGAAGGUCAUAUGUUUCCUCCGCAGUUGCCAGCUCCGGAGUUGGACAGUGACCAAGGGCCUCCGGUGUUGGAACCUUGCAACGUGCUGCCACCCGAUAAUGAGAGCAGCGUCUUCAACUUUACAGAAGACGAAGAACCCCCUCCUCCGCUGCAUGGUGAUGGGCUGAAGAAAGGCAAAACCCCAAGGAAACCAAGGAAGCCAAGAGAACCAAAAACACCCAAGGAACCUAAACCUCCGAAAGAACCAAAGAUAAAGACGCCAAAAACUCCCAAAACUAAAACUCCUAGAAAGAAGCGUGAGCCCAAGGCUGCUAAUGAAGCUAGUGAAAAAGGAAAGAGAAGAUCUCCAAAGAAAAAGAAGUACGAAGAAGAUGAAGAGGAAGAGGAACAGCCGAGUGUGGUCGAAGAAGAAGAACAAGAGAUGCCGUUAGAAGAACCAGAGGAGGAGAAGGAAGAAAAGGAGGAGGUUGUGGAUGAAGUGAAGGAGAAUGAAGAGCAGACAGAACACACUGAACAGACAGACAAUGAGACGGAACAUGUUGAAGAGGAGGAGGACGACACUGCUACGGUGAAGGAGGAAGAUGUAGGGGAUGUGGACAGUGACAGUUCACUGCCUCUCAAGGCUUCUCCUUCGCCGAGGAAAGCCAAGAAGGAGAAGAAGUCAAAGGGCAGACCUGCACGAAAUGCAAAGACAAAUGCCAACUUGAAACGAAAGAAGAGCAAAGCUGCAGCUCAUGAUUCUGACGAUGGCGGUAUCAUGGCUUCUGACGGGGAAGAUAGUAAUAAGAGAAGGUCAGCACGUAACACCCAGAGGAAAAAGUAUGUAGAUGACAUCAUGUUGGCCAUGUCUGAUGAGGAGUCAGGCAAGUCUUCUCCCAAGCUGGACAUUUCUAGACAAGACUCCCCUCCCUCUACUGCUGAUGGUGCUCCUGUCAAGCCUAACUUUGUAUAUAUUAAUACAACCGAUGAGGAUUCAAUGGUGGUGCAGUACAUACUUGCCGUUCGCAAGGGCAAAAGGGAGUUGAAGGAUAUACAGAAGUUAAAAGCGGCAAAUUCAGGCGAAAAGCCACCAGAAGAAACUCUGAAUGUGGAAGGUGACAAAAGCGAAGAGAAAGAAAACGUCCACAAAGAGGAAAUUGAGCAGACUGCUGCACUUGAACAAAAUCAAGACCAUGUGAACGAGAAGCUAGUGGAUCCCAACGAUCCGGAUAACAAGUUUGUGGAAGUGGAAGAGUAUUAUGUGAAGUAUCGCAACUUCUCAUACCUCCAUUGUGAGUGGAAGACAGAGGACGAGUUGUACAAAGGAGACAAGAGAAUAGCUUCCAAACUGAAGCGGUUCAAACAGAAGAUGGCUCAUCAUGCUAACAUCUUUGAGAAUUUGGAAGAAGACCCGUUCAACCCGGACUACGUGGAGGUAGACAGAGUGCUGGACAUGGCGGAACACACGGACCCCAACACAGGGAAGACCAUCAAACACUACCUGGUCAAGUGGAGAUCCCUGCAGUAUGAGGACAGCACGUGGGAACUGGAGGAAGAUAUUGAUCCAAUCAAGAUCCAGCAGUACCAGAAGUUCAACAAGCUGCCUCCUAAAGAUCAGUGGAAGCCCAAGAAAAAACCUAACCCUAACGAUUGGGAGAAGCUUGAUGAAUCUCCAGUGUACAACAACCAAAACACUUUGAGAGCUUAUCAGCUUGAAGGGCUCAAUUGGCUGCUGUUUUCGUGGUACAAUGGGCGCAACUGUAUAUUAGCAGAUGAGAUGGGUUUGGGCAAGACCAUACAGUCUUUGACCUUCAUCAACGCAGUACAUGAGUACGGAAUCAGAGGCCCAUUCCUUGUGAUAGCUCCACUAUCUACAAUUCCCAACUGGCAGAGGGAGUUUGAAGCUUGGACGGAUCUCAAUGUCAUAGUCUACCAUGGAUCAUCUGCUAGUAGAAAUAUGCUGCAAGAAUAUGAAAUGUAUUAUAAGAAUGAUAAAGGAAAUCUAUUAAAAGAUCUUCCAAAAUUCAACGUUCUCAUAACAACAUUUGAGAUAAUCAUAACAGAUUUUCAUGAUUUGAAAGAAUUUCACUGGAGAUUGUGCGUGAUUGAUGAAGCUCACCGUCUCAAGAACAGAAAUUGCAAACUACUUGAAGGCCUUAGGACACUAAGUUUGGAACACCGAGUGCUGCUGUCUGGCACACCUCUGCAGAACAACGUCAACGAGCUGUUCUCUCUGCUCAACUUCCUGGAACCGCAACAGUUCACCAGCAGUGAUGCGUUCCUACAGGAGUUUGGCGCUCUCAAGACGGAGAACGAGGUGCAGAAGCUGCAGUUGCUGCUCAAGCCGAUGAUGUUACGUAGACUCAAAGAGGAUGUUGAGAAGACUAUCGCACCCAAGGAGGAGACUGUUGUAGAGGUAGAGCUAACCAACAUCCAGAAAAAAUACUACAGAGGAAUAUUGGAAAGAAAUUUCUCCUUCCUCUCUAAAGGGACAACGUCUGCCAAUGUGCCUAAUUUGAUGAAUACAAUGAUGGAACUAAGGAAAUGUUGUAUACAUCCUUAUCUGCUCAAUGGUGCUGAAGAUCAAAUUCAACAUGAUUACCGUAUUGCCCACGGGGAUGAUCCCGAUGCUUAUUUCAAGGCACUUAUCAACUCCUCUGGUAAAAUGGUUCUGAUAGACAAACUUCUGCCAAAACUGAAAAGUGGUGGUCACAGAGUUCUAGUUUUCAGUCAGAUGGUACGAUGUCUAGAUAUUCUGGAGGAUUAUCUUCUAUAUAGAAAAUAUCCAUUUGAGCGUAUCGACGGCCGUAUCAGAGGCAACCUGAGACAAGCAGCCAUAGACAGGUUCUGCAGACCAGACUCUGACAGGUUUGUGUUCCUGUUGUGUACCAAGGCUGGAGGUCUGGGCAUCAAUCUGACUGCAGCCGAUACUGUCAUCAUCUACGACAGCGACUGGAACCCUCAAAAUGAUCUACAGGCUCAAGCUAGAUGUCAUAGAAUCGGCCAGCAAAAGAUGGUGAAAGUCUACAGACUGUUAUGUCGCAACACUUAUGAGAGGGAGAUGUUCGACAAGGCCUCGUUGAAACUGGGUUUGGACAAAGCUAUCCUGCAGAGCAUGAACACUGCCCAGGGAGGCAAGGAGAUCAACAGCAAGACAUUGUCCAAGAAAGAGAUCGAGGACUUAUUAAAAAAAGGAGCCUAUGGUGCUAUCAUGGAGGAGGACAAUGCCUCUGACAAGUUCUGUGAGGAAGAUAUAGACCAAAUAUUGGAGAGAAGAACUCAGAUCAUUACAUUAGAAUCUGAGAAAGGUUCUACCUUCUCCAAGGCCAGCUUUGCAUCAUCAGGCAUCCGGCAAGACAUUGACAUUGACGAUCCUGACUUUUGGAAAAAGUGGGCUAAGAGAGCGGACAUUGACACUGCAGAAAGGGGAGAAGAGAGCAAGCUGGUGAUAUCGGAGCCGAGGCGACGCACACAGAUCAAGCGCUACGGUCACGAUGAAGCUGUCAUGGACAUGUCAGAUCUGGAGUCCUCGAGUGCAGAGGAAGGUGACGACCAAGACAACGAUACGGCCAUCGGUGUGGGCCGCGGCAGAGGUGCUAGGCGCAACAAGAAACUGAAGAAGCUCAAGCAGAAGUUUUUCCCCGACGGCUUUGUACCCAAGGAAGGGGAAGUUGUGUAUGGAGCGUGGACGAGGAGUGAGUGCUUCAAGGUGGAACGAGGCUUGUUGACGUUUGGGUGGGGUCGUUGGACUGAUAUACUGAGCCAUGGUCAGUUCAGAGAUGGCUGGAAAGAGAGUGACAUUGAAGAUGUUGCCAGAAUACUGAUGCUAUAUUGCCUUCGCUACUACCGAGGUGAUGACAAAAUCAGGAGUUUCAUCUGGGACCUGAUAACUCCGAUGGAGAAUGGUGAAAGUGCUAUACCACGAAACCAUAUGGGGCUACAUUCCCCAGUACCCAGAGGGGGCCGUAGGAAGAUGAAGUUGAAGAUGAAGGAGGCCAGGUUGCUUGGACAGACUUCUAGUGAGCCUACUGAGUUAGAUCAUUGGAGCAGACAUGAGAGAUACGACGGGGACAUCUUCCUGGAUAGUAACUACAAGAAACACCUCGCUCGCCACGCCAACAAGAUUCUGUUGAGAGUGAGGAUGUUGUACUACAUCAAACACGAGAUCCUGGGAGACCUGGUGCAUCACAUAUCUGAUGGCCAGCCAGCCAGCGCCUUGCCGAUAUAUCCCCCUCACUGCGACCAAGCCCCGGCGCCAUGGUGGGACCGGGACGCUGACCGUAGCCUUGUCAUCGGCACCUACAAACACGGAUAUGAGAACUAUAACCAGAUGAGAGGUGACCCAGCGCUCAGCUUCCUGGCAAGAUGCGGUCCCCCCACUCACACCCACACAGUUGACGAGAAAGAACUGGGUAAACUGAGUGAUGAAGAAGACGGUUCAGAGACAGCGACUGGGACGGGAGGGGAGGGAGAGAACCCGUCGCAGCCUGCCACACCCAACCCAGCUGUGGGGGGAGAGGAGGGGGGGACGGGUGAACCCGAGGACCCCAGCAAACCUCAGUGGCCUAGCAUGCAGGACCUCAACAGUAGACUACGACGAGUCAUCACGUCGUACCAGAGAAACUUCAAGAAGGAAGAACUGCGCCAGGCAGCCAAGGCAAAGCCGAUGGAGCAGCAUUCAGCAGCUGUUGAGGCCAUCAACCAACAGCUGGGGACCAACUGGGAUUGGCAUCAGCUGGCCAUGUACCUAUGGAAGGUAGAGAGGAGAGAGAAGUACGAGCAGAUUGUGAGAGAGCGAGAGAGACAGAGGCAAGAGGUGAAUCAACGCAAGUGGUCACGACGGGAGGAACAAGACUUCUACAGAACUGUCUCCACGUACGGCGUAGAGUUUGACAGGCAGAAGAAUCGAUUUGAAUGGGGCAAAUUCAAGUCAAUCGCCAGAUUAGAAAAGAAGUUUGACGAGACCAUGACUGAGUAUUACAAAGCAUUCAUUGCAAUGUGUAAGCGGGUGUGCUGCAUAAAGCUGACUGAAGAGGAAGAGUGUACAGAGAUGUACGUGGAGCCGCUGCCAGAGGACAAGGCUCGCCGUACAUUAGAGAAGAUCACUCUAUUGAGUAAGAUCAGAGAGGAGAUACUGCCUCAUCCACAACUGGAGGAGAGACUGAGGCUGUGUCAGUCGUCAGCAGACGUGCCAGAAUGGUGGAUACCUGGCAAACACGACAAGGACCUACUGCAGGGAGUGGCCAAACACGGGCUGGGCCGAACUGACUUCUUCAUACUCAACGACCCAGAGCUGUCCUUCAGAGAAAUAGUCAGGAAAAAUAUGAUCUCUGUUAAAAAUGAAGGCACCAGUAACACGCUGAAACUCGAAAGGCCUGAAGAUAUCCUGAAGCUCGACAGAAACGAAAUACUUGUGAAACUAGAAAAGGGGGAAGGAACGCUUAAAAUUGAAAAAAUAGGAAGUACGCCUCUGAAAGUAGAAGUGCCUGAAGAGGAGAGCUCUGUUAAACAGGAGAAAGAAGAGGGUUUGAAAAGUGAAACGGAAUCAGCUGAAGCUGAGAAAACAAAUGAGGGCGAGGGUGUGAAAAAUUCUGGUGAGAGUGAAAACUCGACCAAUGAGAGGACAGAAGAGUUGACUAGUGCUGAACCAAAAUGUGAUUCAGAAACUAUAAAUAGUAAUACUGAAAAGACUGAUGAACCUUUGAGCUCUGAGGAAACAAAGUCUGAUGUAAAAACUGAAUCUGAACAAUCAAAACAGGGUAUGGACGAAUCUGAAAUGUUGGCUGUAAAUCGAGAAUCUAAUGAUAAGGUGGGUGAUGAGAAUGAAAAAGAAGACUCGACACUCAAAGAAGCGUUAACUAACAACGUAGAUGUGGUCAAGGCUAAAUGCCAGAGUGACGAGAAAAAAGAAGAAGUAGAUUCUGAAGUGAAAAAUGAAAAAUCUCCUGGAGAAAAGGAAGACGAUGACAAGAAAAGCUUGGAAAUAAAAAUGGAAACAGGGUCUGUCAAGAGUGAAUCUGACAAAAACAGUGUGAAAGAAGAAACCAAGACAGAGUCGUCUGAAGCUUCGAAGGGAACCGAGGUGGUGGACCGGUUCAAGGCCAUGUUCCCUGAACUGGAAGUGAUGCACAAGCUGCCUGAGAUUGACACGACUGUGGUGGCUGACAAACAGUCUACGAUAGCACAACUGCUGCAGCAAAGCUACCAGAACCCCAUCAAAUGGCCCAAGGACCAUGCGUUACAAGUGAGACUGCAGCACAUAGUGCACUGUGUGGAACACAAGGAGUGGCCGGUCUCUCGCACAUUCUCAGCCUACUCUGGCCUAGGGGAGGGAGAGGGAGGGGAAGAUACUCCAGUGUCUACACCGAGGUCAUUGUCUGAGGGAUCUGAGGUGAUCACUAUCACUACAGACCACUCUCGGCCCACCACUGCAGCACAUCAGCCGCCGGCCAAGCGCAAGAGGCAUAUAGCCAUCGACGUGGAGACUGAGAGAGCCAAGCUGCACGCAUUGUUGAACAGUACAAACAUGCAGAUGUCUCAUAUGAUGAAACAUUCUCCUGCCGCUCCGUGGGACAACGACGAAUCUCUCUCGGAGGAAUCAAGAAGGUCAACGCCAGUGACUGGACUACAGCCACCACCAGCUCAUCAGCAGUCUCACCAGACAUCUCGUGUGUUGUCUAUGCCCUUUGACCUCAAGUAUCACAAACAGCAGCCUCCUCCCUCACACACGCUGCCAGGCACCAACAGCACACUCACACCCAUCGACUUAUCUUCCAGUGUUCCAAAAUCAUCUUCCUCCGAUGCCAAAGCCAGCACGUCGAAAGAUACUUCAUCAAUGAUGGAUGAGGUGCAAGACUUCUCCAUGCCCAGUAAAAACAAGCAGCCUCAACAGACGAAGAGCAAGUUGGAUGAUAUGCUGAACAAACUGAUGCAGAGGAAGAAUUGUCCGGUGCCUGUAGAAGAGCCAGUGGUGGGGAAGGAGAAGAAGAAGAGGAAGCUGGAUGAGAUUGUGUUGGGUCUCUCAGCAGCUAAGGAACAACAGUCUGAGCCCAAGAAGAGUCCCAGUGUGAGUGUGACGGUGACUAAAUCUCCUGCGGCCUCCAACAAGCCUCCCUUCCUGCAACAGGCAGAGCAGCACAACCUGCUGUUGAAACAACAACAACAACUACAGCAACAACUACUUCAGCAACAACAGGCUAUCAAGAUGGCCCAGCCCAACUCUGCCUCAGCUGCCCAUGUGCAGCGCAAGACGUACGAGGCGAUGAUUGCAGAUAUCAGCAAGGUGGCCGACUUUUCUGCCAAAAUCAGUUCCUACUCUCACGAAGCCAAGGUUAACAAAUGGCUCGCAGAACAAACAUCAAUGAUCCCUGAACAAUCAUUGGGCGCUGAUUUUCUAUCAGCCCCUCGGCGUCGAAGGCCCAGGGUUGAUCCGACCCUUCUCGAUUGGAAAAAAUUGACUGGGGAUGAAAACGUGUCAGUUAUAAAUAGAAUGACUGGUAAAAAGUUGACAGGAAACAAGGCCCCACAGCUCAAGAGACUUGCACAGUGGCUGCUUGAAAAUCCUAUGUACGAUGUUGAUCCUAAGUGGGCGGAACUUGUCAAAGAAAAGGGAAAUCUGCCUCAUGAUUUGCAGAAAAGACUCCCACAAUCAGAGAGGAAGAAAGGACCAGGCAGACCACCCCUGUUGUCUUCACCUUCAGGGUCGUCCACUACGGCCAGUACGCAGCCCUCUACUACACUGCCUACAGCUAGUCUGCCCUUCCCCAGCACACUUCUGUCUGGCCUCAACAACCCACUGUUGUUACCAUUCGGAGGCAUGCCCAACAUGAGUGCUCUCAGUGGCAUGGCAGGUCUGGGCAACAUGAACUUGACCAACUCUCUGUUUGCCAAUUUGGCAGGAUUAGGGCUACCUGGCUUGGCUGGAAUGGAUUCUUCCGCAUUGACUAAUCCCGCUACAUCGACGCCUUCAGGUUCCUCAGAGUCCAAGACCUCUAAGUCUCAUAAAACCGAAAGUAAAAGCACAUCGAAAACACCGGUUUCUUCGGCCGCAUCUACUUUGCCUACCUCUUUACCUUUCUUUUUCCCCAACCCCAGUCUUCUGUAUACACCACUUGGCUUGGGAGGUUUAAAUCCGUUUUCUCUUCAACCGGGAGCCAUGUCAUCCGCUUACGACAGUUUAGCUUUACUCAAUGGUGGCUUGAGUGUGAGUGCCACCCAGGCUCAAAGCAGAGGACACAAGAGCACGAGUUCCACAACCAGUGUCUCCAGUGGUAGGGCUACGACUGUAACGUCAGCUUCCUCGGGUCAGAAUCAGAGCAAACAAAGACUUCCUGCACAGUUCCUGCUGCCUCAUGAUACGCAUCUGCUCGAGAGUCUGACAAGGUCUGCAAAGCCAAAGCAGCAGAGGCCUUCGUCAUACUCCAGGGAACAGGAGAUGAAAGAGGCGUUGGAGACUCUAAGUAAAAGUUCCACGGAACUUCUCCCCAGGCUACCUCAAGAAGAGAAGGCACCUAAGAGAACCAGAGAAGAGGCUUUUGUUUCAGCUCCGGUAGAUCUGGCCGCUAGCAAACGAAGCCCAAGCCCUUUGCCAAAAAAGAGCAAAGAGUCACCGGUUCCGUCACCCGCUAAAGCAAAUUUUUCCGGUCUCGAUUUGUCGAGUAACGGAGGGGUAGAGGAAAAACUAAAGACUCCUCCGCCUGAAAAUCUGAAUCUCAUUCCCAGUGACUACUCGGUCGAAGAAAGUAAGACUGCUGUUGUAGAAGACAGGCCAAUAUCUCCUGAAGGAACCACUCAGGAAAGCGUGGACCCUGAAGAGAGGAUAGACGACAUGGGUUACGACGAACCUAGUGCGAGUGAGGAAACUUCUCUUACUCCUUCUGACGCCAAAGACGAAAGUGGGGAAGGGGAAAGUGACCUCGGUUGUGGUGGGAAGGGUAAGAAACGAAGGGGUAAGAAAUCUGUAGAUGUAGGGCAGCGAAAAAUGCUGCGAAGUAGUGCCGGUCGUGCAGCAGCUGCCGCGGCGGCUAGGGCCCGUGAGGACCAUUCCAACUAGGUGAAAGUGACAGCAUUUGAUUUGACACCAACCUUUAGUAAUUACAUUUCCUUUCAAACAUAAUGGACUCUGUCCUACAACAUUUCUUUAGUCAAAUAAUCUUUUUCAACCCAAAAAAAUAGCUUUGUGUAAAUAUUGUUUUUAUAAUGAUACCAAAUGUUAAGUUGUUUUAAGUUUUUUUAUUUUUGUCGUUUAGAGGUAAACAUGUAAUCGUUUGGUGAUUUGUUAGUUUUUGUAUCUUUGUAUUUAGGUAUGAUAGUUUUAUGUUUAUUUAUUUGUACAAAUUUGGGAGGGAUUUUAAAACAACUGUAAUUUUGCCUGCGUAAAGUUUCCUGAAUGGUUCCACUGCCUUUUAACAUUGUAUCAUAGGUAUUUUGUAAAGGUACAAAAAUUCUUUUCUAAAAUAUUUUAAAAACUGCACUUUUGUAUACUGUGGUACAAACCAAAUACUGUCAGUUGGCCUUGUACUGUGUCGGAAGGAACGGAAUGGAUGUUCUAUUCUUAUAUUUUAACUGUGAUACAUCACUGAGCCGCGUUGUUUUGCUUUUAGGCUAUCAUUGUAUUUUUUAUACUAAUACAUUUUAUGAUAUUUUAAAUUUUAUGUUGUUUGCUACAGGUAUACCCUUAAUGUUUUAUAUGUUUUGAGUUAUUGAUGUAUUUUAUUAGUUUAUUAUUCUAUCUCUAGUUUUUUUUUACCUUUUUGUGUGUUCAUAGUCAAUCUUUGUUUUCAUUUCCAAAGUGUUAUUUUAGAAGGUGGAAGAAUCGAAAGUCCAUAUUGGUAUAACAGUAUUUUAGUGACUUAUGUAAAUACAUGACCAGUAUUUAAUGCUGUUUGUUUUAAAGUAUUUUUGUGAAAGUAUAUAUUUAUUAUUGGCAGCUCUGUGCUGAAAAUUAACAAUAAAUCUUUUCCUCUUUCUGUAUAGUAAACUCGUCAUUGUGUAAAUAACUGUUAUGGAGCCUAUUUUAGCAAAAUACUAUACUGUAAUGUGUAUUAUAUGUAAAGGCAGUGAGUGAGCGGUUCAAGUAUGCCCGAUGUUACACACAUUUUGCAGUGUUUCUAGGAAAAUUAAAAAUAAAUAGUAAAGAUCCUGUAAAUGUAGCACUUGUACAUAUACGCUUUUAAACAAAUUAUUGGAAUAAAACAUAGUAGCCUUUGAAAUGAAGACUGUCAACAUAAUCGACAAAAAAGUGACAGUCCUUUUAAACGUGUUUUCUACAUGACACUUAGUCUAAAUUUAAAAAAAAAAUGUUGAAACUUGAAAGUGCCAGUAUAAUUUUUAAAUAGAAUGUUUGGUCCAUAAUAUUUUUUAUUUGGAAUAGUUUUAUCAAAAAAUUGUGUUUCUAAAUUGUUGAGCAGUUUGUAGUGUACAGACACAGUUAAGUGCAUGUAGACACUCUGUAGCAGUGUUGUGUAUGGGACAAGUGUUCUUUUUUACAUAUUCAUUGCUAGUAACUUAAUAAGUGCUGUACUCUUUUUUUGUUAUCGUGGUGAACUUAAGUUUCUAUAAAAUAGUGCAAAUAUGACUUGGCAAAUGUAUAAUAGAUGUGUUGUUCUUUUAUCUGAGACCAACAUGUAUUUAAGAUUAAAAAGUAUUUUAUUAUUUUAUUUUGUUGGACCGAAUCUAUGGAAAAUAAUUUAUAUUAUGUUGCUUUUAAAUCAAAGAAAACCACAUUCUCUUUUGUAUUUGCCAAGUGUAUAUUUUUGCUAGUACUGAAUAUUGAUAAACUUGCUUAUCAGUUAAAGAUCAUCUGUGUGAAUAUUAUCAAAGAUUUGUUAAAUUUGUAUGUUCUUCAUUGUGAAAUAAUUAUUACAUAUUUUUUACAAAUGAAA